AUGGGACUCACCCUUUACUUGGAAAUAAAGAGGGGAAAGAUAGCAUGUCACAAGAGCGAGGCGAGGUCUGGAACCCUACUGCGAGAAGGACGCCUCGUGAGCCGGGCUUCUAGAGAUGAGGCCUUUUGGCGAAGCCAAGUCAAUUUCGGGCCACCAAACCCUGCAACUGAUGAGAAGGCCCUAUGGAGUAAAGGGAAGCGUAGGACGGGCCGGACGCAGCAGAGCGACAACCCGGGAGCGGAUUCCCCACCGACGGGGGGCGGGGAGACGGCCAUCUCGAGGCACAUCACGACCUACGAGCAAGAUCGGCGAGACACAGGAAGGCAACCCAACCCGAUUGAGAGUCGGAGGAUCCAUAGUACCUGCGGCCCACGGACUUCAUAUUCAACAUUUUUUAAAUCGAGGGGAAGGGAUCUCUUUUCCGCAAUGAAAAAAAGGAGCAGAUUUGACUCGGCACAACCUAACGAUACAUCCAAUACCAAUGAUCCGCGCAGCGUUGCUAGAUCUCCGCUCUAG